AUUAAUUGUGUUGAUCCACCUCAAAAAAACAUGAAAAAAGUGUAAGCAAAAGAGAUCUGGGUCUCAGGAGGUUAUAAUGAAUUCAUUGUGCUUUGUUGCGUCAGUAAUGGCUUUAUUUACAGAACAAUAGCGCCUGAUGAAACCAGAUUAUAGGAUGCAGGCUAAAGUUCUUCAGGUCAGGUCAGACGACCCAUCUCUGGGCUCCAAAAGGUAGAAAUGUAAAACGACCCUUAUCUGGUCAUUACCGGGGUUUUCGACCUCCCCCCUGAAAGUCCUGAUAGAGCGUCAAAAGACCCUGAAUACAAAAACUGAGAUUAGCAUCCCUUCUUUAAUUGUGAAUGUGGCCAUUGACCGUCGGGCCAGAAGGUGGGAGUGGAAAAUGCUGUGAAGUAUAAAUAGGGGACUGCUUCACUGUAGUCCACAAGAAACAAAAUGCAGAAGAGGAUCUCCGCUCAGCAGGCAUUGGAACUGAUUCAGAGCAGUGCCAGCCCUUGGGAUUCAGAUGGAGAAGACAUCAACCUUCAACUGGAUUCGGACUCUGAGCUGUCUUCAGAUGAGGAGACUCUCCCUCCACCUCCACCACAAAAGAGAGCUUGUUUGGGGAGUGAGCCGUCAGAGACCGCGAAAGAUGGCACAGUGUGGCGUGAACAGCAAGUGGGGACACAUCUCCAUUUCACUCCUAUAGAGCCAUACGCCACAGAUGGAGAGCCAAGCGCUAAGGCCAGACGAAGUAUCCGGAGUCGCCUUCAGAGCUUCCUCUGUUUCAUCACCAUUGACAUGCUUCGUAGCAUUCAAGAAUGGACUACUCAACAUGCACGUCACACGGAGCAGCAGGAUUGGUUCAUGGGUCUCCCGGAACUAACGGCAUUUAUUUCCGUCGUCAUCUUGCGGGGGGUGAACAAAGUACCAUCACUAUGUGACAGCUGGUCAGCAAACCUGGGCAACCCAAGGAUCAUUGCAACUAUGACCCGAUGCCGCUUCCAAAACAUCAUGCGACACCUACGUUUUGAUGACAUGCUUACACGCAGAGAGCGAGCGGAGACCGAUAAGUUUGCUGCAAUCUCCGAUGUUUGGAGAGCGUUUGUCACCAACUGCAUCGCAUCCUUCAACCCUGGUCGACACAUCAAUAUUGAUGCACAGCUUUAUCCAUCAAAGACUCGCUGCUGUUUCCUGCAAUACAUUGCAACAAAACCGGACAAGUUUGGCAUCAAGUUUUGGGUGGCUUGCGACUUGAAGUCAAAGUAUAUCUGCAAUGUCUUCCCAUAUCUCGGCAAGGACCCCAGUCGUCCCAGCGGGGAGAGACUGUCCGAGUCUGUAGUGAUGAGGCUGAUGGAACCGUUCAUGGACAAGGGCAGAACUGUAACCACGGACAAUUUCUUCACAUCACUGUCACUUGCACAACGACUGCUUAGCCGGAAAACCACUAUCCUCGGCACAGUCAACAAGAGACGCCGGGAAAUUCCUCAAUCCGCUUCACAGACGGAUCGCACUGCAUUCACCACUCAGGUGUUUUCAACCACUGGUGCCACGCUGACGGUGUAUGCGCCCAAAAGGAAGAAGGCCGUUUACAUUCUCAGCAGCAUGCACAGCGUGGUUGAGACUGAGGAUACCACCAAAAGGAAGCCAAACACGGUCACGGAAUACAACAAAACAAAGUGUGGUGUGGAUGUGAUGGACCAAAUGGUGCGGGAGUACAGCGUGCGUGCAGGAACACGGAGAUGGCCAGUUGCGGUGUUCUACAACAUGAUUGACAUGGCAGCACUGAAUGCACAUGUGCUUUAUCAGGCAUGCAUUGGGGUGAAGGAGAGACGGGUAGACUUCCUUGUUGAACUUGCUAAAGAGUUGGGUAACUUUCAUGUGAAUGAGAAGAAGGCACACAAGGAAAAACUGCUUCGGGAACAACCUUCCACACCCAGCCCAGGCAAAAGGGCGAAGUGUCAGGUCAACCAUCGAUGCAAGACCAAUAAUGCGACUCUGAGAUGCGUUGACUGCUACAAAUACACAUGUGGCAAAUGCACCAGGGUCAUACCCUGGCAAUGCCAGGUAUGUUCUGACAGUGCAGACGGACUGUGAGUGCUGAAAUGCCAGUCACACAAGGACAUGCCACUCAGCCCCCCACUGUGCCUAGUGUAAAUAUGUGUGGAAUUGUUUUAUUUCUUGUAUUUUUUGUGUCGUUUUUAAUGACAAGAAUAAAACGCAUUUAACCAAA